AUGGCUGUAAGUGUAAUGGUGUGUAUCGGUGUAGUGUGGAACUCGUUUAACCUCUUUAUGACCAUCCAAAAGCAGCUGAAGACCAAGAGUGUUCAAACCAUGAGCCUCAUCAUAAUUUCCAUCUCCAUCAACAACAAUACUCUGGUACUGUCCUGUUUCUUCAUGGUGGUUUUUAUUAGCCUAAAUCCACUGUUUAUUUGCACUACGGUGGUUCAACCUCAAUAUCUUACAUUAUUGUUUCUGUGGAUGAGCAGUAGUUGUAUGAGCUUCUGGUCCAUUGCAUGGCUGAGUGUGUUCUACUGUGUGAAAGUUGUGAACUUUUCCGCCGAGUGUCUCAGAGCACUAAAGAGGAACAUCUCCAUCAUCACCAACACUGCGCUCCUGCUGAGCUGCGUGGGUUCUUUCGUCCUGUUUUUCCCUUUCUUCACACUCCACAUUCCUGAAGCUGAACCAGGAGCCAUAACUGGGACACUUGGUAUCAACAACACCUUGAACACCUCAAAUGCAUCCUAUUUGACAUGUAGUGCGCCCAUGUUCUCUCCACUGAUUAAUUCAGAUGCCUAUACUGUGAGUUUCAUGUCUUUCCUCUGCCCUCUCCCUCUGGCGAUCAUGCUACCAACAUCCAUCAGAAUGGUGAUCCAUCUGUGUCAACACAUGUUGACGCUUCGCAAGAACCAGACCCAAGUGCAGAGUUUAGACUCUUACCUGUCUGUCUGCAAGCUGAACGUGUCUCUAGCAGGAGUAUAUCUCACCACCCUGAUCAUUGUGGCGCUCUUCUUUGUCUUAAGGCUUAUUGGGGUAAAUGUUAGUUACCUCCUAAUAAUAUUUGGCUUCUCUUUCUAUUGCAUCAUGACUGCUGCCCUCCUGACCGCUUCCAAAACGCACCUGAGAAGGAAGUUCUGGAGUAUGUGCUGUUGUAGGAAAACCCAAGAAGAAACCAUCAAUGAAACAAAGCAGAUGACGAAGACAGAGGUAGCUUGA